CCUUCUCUUUGAGUUCAUGGCCCCCCGUCGUCGCUGCCCUGUAUGUCAGUCGCGUCAAUGGCACAAAGAACCCUCAAGUGGUCUUAUUGCAUGCAGCGAAGGACACAUUCUUCAGAAUUACCGCAAUGAAACUACUACCGAGGCAGAAGAUCUAGGUGGUCCCCAUGCUAUGCUCAAACGUACGAUAAAAUCAGGACGAAAAAAGGCUGAAGAUGUGGGUCUUGGCCGUGCCAAUCCUCAGCUGUACCAUGGCGCGAGAGGAACGUACCUCUAUUACCAGUGCCUUCAGCUUAUUUUUCGGAAACAGAUUGCUGCCUUGACAAGACUAUGGAAUCUACCAUCGGAGUUUGAGCUAGUUUGCCGGGACAUCUGGGCCCUAAACUUGACACUUCUGCCAGAGCAUCCUCCGCCCGAGCCGUAUCAUUACGUUCAUGGCGAAAAUGCGGGCUCACAAGACGAUGACGACCAGGAUUCCCCGUCUGAUGAGAACGAUGAAGACGGGGAUGACGAUCACAUUCUCGCCACCCUUCAGGCGGAUACGAGUUCUGAAUCUGAGCCUGAACGUGAAGAUGGGGACGGAUCCGGACGUGAAGAACCAAAGCAAACACGGAAGAAACGUUCGCCUGAUCUAAACAAGUACAGAUCAGUGACUAGCGCCGUUGCAGUGCUCAUGUUAGCGUGCUGGACAUUGAGAAUCCCGGUGAUGUUUCGUGACUUCAUUAGCGUCAUCGAAGCAUACGAUCUGCCGUAUUUAGAUCCAGUUCGGCUUUUACCUCCGACCAUGGUGGCUCAUUUGACGAGAGCCAAGAUCCAAUCAUUGUCGAUGCAGCGGCCGCCCCGAACAUUGACUCUCCAUAAUCUGACGUCAAGAUUAGCCAAGAAGAUGCAUGCGGUAUUUGGUGUUUUCACACCAGAAUUGAAUGCAGCACCAUUACUAUGGCGUGUAACGAGGGUUCUCGGCGGAAAUCCGACAUUGUAUCAGUUGACCAAGCAGCUGGCACGCUUGCUUUCCCUUCCCCUGACCGUCAGUUACAUGUUGGCGCCAGGCCUGGAACGGCUAAAAGAGAGCGAUCCCGAACACCAUGCGUACGACCACGUGCCAGUGGAAGUUGGGUUUGUCGCAGUAACGAUAAUCGCGCUGAAGAUGGUGUAUGGAUUGGAUGGGGAAGACAGAGUCCAUUCCCACCCUGGCGAUCCGGGUCUGAGCCUUCCGGCUAUCGAUGAUUAUCUGGAACAUGUAGGCAGGUUGUCCGAGGAGGACAUAACGGAACGGAACACAAUGUUCAGCUCAGAAAGUCAAAUGUCGGUAGGUGAUCUCAACGAAUUAAUGUUGGAUGAAUAUGUUUCAUUCUGCGAACGAGCGUUGUUGGGAGGCGAGAACGACGGUGACGGCGUGGUGGCAAAGUAUUUUCCCCUAAAGGGUCGAGAGUGGAAAGAUCUGCCGGACUCUGAGACAGAAACACCAUGCGGCAAGAUGCAGGGAUCAAGGCCAGAUGAAGAUGGGAAAGGUGCUCGGCCCGGAGAGAAGUACAAAGUUUUUAUUGGAAUGGAUAGUGGUGGGAGUGUGGCGGCCGAGCUUGAAAUGCUAGUACGAAGGGGUGCCGGGUACAUUAAGGUGAACGAAGAGGACGUAUUCCGAACGACUGAACGGUAUGAACGGAGGCUACUGAGCUGGUGGAAGAGACAACAGAAAGAUAGCCGGAACCGCAAACAUAGUCGGACACGGGCAAAACAUUGAAUUGUUGUAUUAAAAUUUGGUGUUGGUACCUUAUUUGUACCUAAACUGUACAGUCAUCAUGCUGAGUCAAUGCUGUAACGUACGGCAGGACUAAAAUUGGAAUGAGACAGCUGCUUUUUUGUCCG